AUGUGUCCAGGCAAUGAUAAGCAUGGGUCGGUACGGGAAGCAGCACUCACGUCGAAGGUUGCUCUUGAAGAACUGAAAGCGGCGAUGCUAAGGCUGGAAUAUGCGUACUCAGGCUCUGGAGGAGGUUCGAGCGAAAGCGAGAAAGCAAGAUUGCAACAGGAAGAGUUGACACGGCGCGCGGAAGCGGAUCUUGCUCAGCAAGCGCUCGAAGAAGCCAUAGCAAGACAGCUCGAUUGA